AUGUUGUUUCGCAAGCGGAAGCAGCAGCAGCAGGAUGAGAACGAGGUGCGGACCUUCGAGGACCUUACCCGCUUCCCGAUGACAUUUUACAAGACCAUCGGCGAGGAUCUGUAUUCGGAUCGGGAUCCGAAUCUAAUACGACGUUAUUUGCUGCGUUUCUAUUUGAUCCUGGGUUUCCUCAACUUCAAUGCCUAUGUGGUGGGUGAAAUCGCCUACUUCAUAGUGCACAUCACCUCCACGACGACCCUGCUGGAAGCCACGGCUGUGGCUCCAUGUAUUGGCUUCAGUUUCAUGGCGGAUUUCAAGCAAUUUGGUCUGACGGUAAACCGGAAGCGUCUGGUAAAGCUACUGGAUGACCUCAAGGAAAUAUUUCCCAUGGAGGCGGAGAGUCAGCGCGUCUACCAUGUGGCCUACUACCAGAAGCACAUGAAUCGUGUGAUGACACUAUUUACCAUACUCUGCAUGACGUACACUUCAUCUUUUAGCUUCUAUCCGGCUAUAAAAUCCACCAUCAAGUAUUAUCUGAUGGGCUCGGAGAUCUUUGAGCGAAACUAUGGCUUUCAUAUACAGUUUCCCUAUGAUGCGGAAACGGAUCUCACGGUUUAUUGGUUCUCCUACUGGGGCUUGGCCCAUUGUGCCUAUGUGGCUGGUGUUUCCUAUGUCUGUGUGGAUCUUCUGCUGAUCACGACCAUUACCCAGUUGACAAUGCAUUUUAAUUAUUUGGCGGAUAACCUGGAGGCCUACGAUGGCGGCGAGCACACGGAUGAGGAGAAUAUCAAGUAUCUGCAUGACUUGGUUGUGUAUCAUUCAAGAGCUUUGGAUCUCAGCGAGGAGGUUAACAACAUCUUUAGCUUCUUAAUUUUAUGGAACUUUAUAGCCGCUUCUUUGGUUAUAUGCUUUGCUGGCUUUCAGAUCACAGCCUCCAAUGUGGAGGACAUUGUGCUGUAUUUUAUAUUCUUUUCAGCCUCGCUGGUGCAAGUGUUUGUGGUUUGCUAUUAUGGCGAUGAAAUGAUAUCAUCAAGCUCUCGCAUUGGCCAUGCCGCCUUUAAUCAGAAUUGGUUGCCCUGCAGCAGCAAAUACAAGCGUAUUUUGAAGUAUAUUAUAAUGCGAAGUCAGAAGCCGGCCUCUAUUAGACCGCCCACUUUUCCGCCCAUCUCGUUUAACACUUUUAUGAAGGUUAUCAGCAUGUCGUAUCAGUUUUUUGCUCUCCUGCGAACCACAUACUAUGGUUAA